CCCCCUACAAUAUCCCUCUCAUCCGCCUUCCAUUCCCACACAGCAAUCGACCGCGUUCUCCACUCCCCAUUCUCCCUCUCUCCGAUUGUCCAUCUCCGCUCAUAUGGCCACCGAGGUCCUCCGCCCGCACAGCAUCCUGCAGCCGCAGACGCAGAGGAUCCGCGCCGCGCACCGGAGGCCCAGCAACCCCGGCACCGCCAGGAGGUCUCCUCCUCCAUCGGCCUCGACGACCGGCCGGAGAAACCAUGGGCGGCCUUCCUCUUCUUCUUCUUCCUACGGGAAGGUGACGUAUGCGGCCGCUCCGGCGAGGCGCCCCGCGGUGGAAGUGUACGCCGGCCCGGCCUUCUCCGCCGCGUCCCCCGAGCCGAGCUCGCUGCCGCUGCCUCAGUUCCCGCUCCAGAAGCCCGCGGCCGCCGUCGUCAACGACGCCGCCACGCGCGACCUCAGGCGCAUGCUGCGCCUCGAGUAGGAGUAGCUUGCCCGGUGCCGGCGAGCUAGUCUCCUAUCUGGUGGACACGAGCUGUAUGUUAGUUUAGUUCUAGCAGUAAUCGUCGUUGGGUGGUGCGGCCGCGCGCAGCAAGGCCUCCGGCUCGGUUUUAUUGUGUGGCCGGCGGCAAGGCGCGCGGCGGCCGUGGGCUCCGACGACGACGGUCUGGAAUGAGCGCAGCCAGCAAUGUGACCACCGAUCGACCGGCGUGAUGUACUGUAAUUACAAGUAGAAUCCCAAGUCAAAGAGUACCUACGUAUACUGUACGGCCUCCUAGUUCAUCGAUCCCCUUUGCCUCUAGUUAGCACGCAGGUGCCAAAUGGCCAAGGUUAGGCUAAAUUUGAUUUCUGUUCAUGUUGAUUAAAAGAAGUUUAUGUGUUCCAAUCA